AUGGAAGACAAUUCGAAUACACUCACAGACGAAGAGUGCGCUGAUUUGAACCAACCAUCAUCUCCUCAACAAGAGAAACAUUCACAAACACAACCGGAAUAUACCGAGGGCAAAGAACAAAAUAAAGACCAUAUACUAGACUCAGUUUCAGCAAUUCCCCCAUCAUCACAAAUUCCAGAAAAGCCUGACGAACACAAAGAAAACCCUCCUCUCUCCGAUUUAGUACCAAAAGACAAUGGACUUCAAAAUCAACACCAAACGGCGCAAGAAACAAAUCAAUCACAAAAAACACUCGGGCCACAACCUAUGGAGUGUGUUCCUUUACCUUCACUUGACAAAGCACAACAACCACAAGACCACCAACAACCGACUUCUCAACCCCCGGUGAACGCUACACCAGCAAAAGUACCACCAAAACCUAAAAAGGAGAAAAAGGUCAAACCCGAGAAGAAAGAAAAGAAAGAGAAGAAGAGAAAGAGUGACAUCGACGCAAAGUUAUCUGAAACCAUUCAUUCAAAAGAAUUACCAAUCCCAACGUCCUUCCCUAAACGACAACACUUCGACUCAAUUAAUCGCCCUCCUGAACCUCCCGCAGUUAGCUUUCAAACAUCUCCCAAGUCAAGUUAUCAACAAAUAUAUGACGUGUUAACCAAAGACAAAAAGAUGCGUUCGGAAGUCCAAGCACCUCGCGAGAGGAACGACCGACCAGAGAGAACUAAUGACCGCGUUGAGAGAAAAGAGCGUCCUUUAAAUCCCGAGAGAGUCGACAAACCAAUCGAAAGACCGAUCGACCGUCCUGAAAGGGUAGAUAAGUAUGAACGAUCGGAGAGAUCAGAAAUACUCGACCGAAGAAGUCAACGGGCGAUCGACUCGGACAGACAGCGCGACUACGCGAUGUAUUACCAAAUGCAACAACAACAAUUCCAGCCCGUGAACAAUCCAUAUCCUCCGUUACCACCUAAAGACGUUUAUUAUAGAGCAGAGCACCAACCGCCACAACAACCAAUGGGGUUUCAGCAAGUCAAUGUGUUCGAUAUGUAUGAGAAGUUAUUCAUUCAAUAUGGCGCGCGUGUUGACCUAUGGCCACAAGAGGCUUUGGCACACCAACCAAGGCAAACGAUACAGAAGGACAUCGCCAUGUCGAUGAAACAGGCCGACAAGACGAGAAAGUGCUCACCACGAGUCCGACAUGGGAUAUGCGCGAUGGCGGCAAUUAGGUAUUUCAUCGAGAUGAUACGCGCGGGAAAGGGGGAGUUGCCAUUUUGUUUGGAAAUGAUGUACAAAGACGGGUGGGAAAGGAGUUGCGAUGUUUGUUUACUCAAUGAAAUGGACUCAAAAGGGUUGGAACUCUAUAAGGAAUAUCUCAAAAACGACUGCAUUAAUUAUAUCCUCACUAUCGUUAUGAAACUCAGCCCAGAGCAGCAGCUGUUCUUCAUCGAGCAGAGGAGUAACUUCCUCAUUAAGUGCUUGACACUUCGGAUGUGA